UCACGUACUGACGUGGCUGGUAAGACGUUGACGUACUAUGCAGUACGUCUGUCCAGCGGCUUGGAGCUGUUAUUGCUAACCAGUUUGUGUGCUUUGAUUCCGUUUUUUCAUUUGCUUCACCUCUGAAGUCAAGUCUAAGUUUGAAUAGCGUUAAUGCGGAGACGCUCCACGUGACGACCAGACGCCGAAACUGUUUGUGCGCACAUGUGGAAGGUGAAUUUGGGUCUGCAGCAGGAUGAAUAUUGGCUCUAAAAAUAAGAAGCGGGUGGUUCUGCCCAGCCGUCCUAACCCUCCCACUGUGGACCAGAUCCUGGAGGACAUCAAUAAAGCCGCUCCCAACGACCCAGUCUUCAGCAUCCUGGAGCAGACUGGACAAGACUCGCCGCGGUCCUCGGACAGCGAUGUGGACUUGAGGUUCCAGCAGUGUCGUCAGUAUCUGGAGCUGAACGAGCGGCUGCAAGAGGUUCGAGGUCGUCUGCUGCAGCAGAGGGAGGAGCUGAAAGUUGCGGGGAAGCAGCUGGAGGAAGACGUGGCAGAGGUCAAAGGUCAAGCGCUGUGACUCUUCACCUUCAGUUAGAGACUCUCUUCUGCUUCUCGGUGCAGUGGCCCUGGUGGCUCGGCUCACAUCUGGCCCUUGAGCCAGGCACUGGUGGUGCUUCAGGAGCCCCAGCGUUGGCUGACCUCUGACCCCAUAGCUGAAUGUGUUGUUUCUGACGUCAGCUGCAGCAAAAGUUUGAUAUUUUUUCUUUUUUAGCGCUAACAUGUUCCAGCCCGUCCAGCUGAAGGAUUACAGUAAAGACUGAGGUUUUGGCUCAUGCAGUGUUUACUGAUCCCUCCCGCUCAUCAAGCAGUUUAAAAUACUAAAUGUCAACCCGAGUGACAAAUUGCGUGUGUUUUUCCUGGACACCAGUCACUAAAACCAUUAAAAUGAUGAACUGACCGAAGGCAAACCAGUUCUGAAGUUGUAAAGACCCCUUUUUGAUUAAAGGUGAUCAUUAUUGUCAGUGAUCAAAGCAGUAAGUGAUUUGUCAGGCAUUUCGGCGUGUUGUGAAUCAGCUCAGACGUGUGUGGUGCUGAUGUGUUCUGGUUGAACGCGAGGUCGCUCUUUGUCUCGUUUUGACCACAGAUGAAGUGCUUGUUCAGUUAGUUCUCAUCCUCUCAUCUCGGUCCUGAAGUGAAAAUAAUCACGGUCGAAGCAUUGAACCUUUGAAAGUCUUUCACAUCUUGGAAACUUCAGACGCAGUCACGCGUCUGCUGGGCAACACGAGCCGUUUCCUCUGAGCCCAUAGCAAACGGGUUUCUUCUCACUCUGUCCGUACUGGACAUGAAGAGAUUCUUAUUCCAAAGUUGUUUGAAGUUGAUGACGCUUCAGUCGUCUGAGUUGAUCAAAUCAAGGAGACGUCUUUCAAGUCUUUUCAGUACAGAAUUCUGUUGACUGCAGCUCAGUGAAACAGAAAAGAGAAUUUGGACUAAAGAUGAACUUCAGAGGCUCUGGACUUGGCUUGUCUGACAGACUCCUGAAGCCUCGUUAGCUGUAGGACUGUUUAGUCCUCCAUCACUGACGUCUAACUUCUGGUCUAACCCUGACAGGAAGAAAAAAACCUGUUCCAGUGUUUGUAUGGAACCCAACACCGGAACCCACCAUUGAAACUGAGUUUCAUUCAAGUGACCUGACACCUGCCGUUUAUGUUUUGUUACGAUAGAAAGUGACUUCUUACAGAGUGAAGUUUUGUUCUAAACACACUGACAGGAACAUCGGGUUUUUAAAUUCGGCCCACCUCCCUGCAGUUACUUCAUGUUUGGUGUACUGAGGCAUCAAUAAGAUUUGACAGCACUUGACGUUGUUGUGUCGCCUCAGGAACUGCUUGUUCAGUGUGAACAAACCCUUCAUGGCGUCAGCGAAUAUGUCACAACAAAAGCAAAUGAAAAGCACUACGUUUACCGUCA